UCUAUUAACCGGAGCUGAAGGUUGGCAGUGACCCACCGGAGCCCUGUCAGGAGACGCAUCUGCUUGGAGAAACGUCAGUUAGGAAGAGAGACUCUGCCUCUCGAUAUAGUUUUUGGUUAAAACAGCAAAGAAGAAAAAAGGGUUGACGCCCAGGAUGAGUUAGCCUUGUGUUGAGAUGUUUGACUAAAAUGUAGGAGACCCUAUAAAAGUCCCUCUGCAAAUAAUUUUGCAGGGAUCUCUUUCCAAAUCUUUUUUUUUUCCCCCUUCCUGUAAAAGACGUGCAUAGAUUUGGCAAUUGAAACUUUAGGAAUUGGAAGUCUGGUAACUAAUCCAUAAUUUUCAAUUGUUUUUACAGAUAAGUGAUCAUAUGCAGUUUCUCCAGGACUUUUCACUGGUAGAAUUUCAUCGGAUCCCUUACUUUGAGUUGGCAUUUCAAAUCUAUUCAUGAUACAUUGGCAAAAAUGAAUAAUAAAAUAAGUUAUUUGUUAAAUACCGUUAGAUGCAUGCAUAGGUGCAACUCUGUGCUCACACCCAAAUCUUCAGCCACAAGGCAGCACAUUUUAUGGAUUGGCAGAUACAGAUUUCCCCUGGAAAAUGUGAACUUUGGGAAAUUAUUUUUAAAUAUUUGUCCUUCUCUGCAUGGAUCAUCUCUUCGAUUUCUAUCUCAAAAGACAGAUGUUUUUAGCACAGGUGCUAAAAUACAACCAGAGAAGAGUACAGAGGCUUUGGUGAGUGAGCAGGCUCCCCAAAGCUCCUUGGAACUUGAAAAAUUGGAUGAUUCUGGGAGCUUCGAAGUGAAGCAUGUAGUGGAUCAUAGUGAACAGUUCUUUAAUAGUCUUCAGAAAUGUACCUGUCCUUGCGAUGUACUGGACUUGGCUUCAGAGUCUGCGGUUUCCGUUAAGCACUUCACAAACUGUUUAACUACAGUAUGGAGGCUCUUCAAAAACCUGUCCGAAGACCAGCAGCGUUACGAGAAGCAGCUGAUCUUUGAGCACCCAGCUUUUGUCAAGCUUUGUCAGCAGCUGCUGCUGCACUCCAGAAGGAUGACACGGGGUGACCUGGUGUUCACUCUGCAUGCCGUGGUGAACCUAGGUGUUCCUCAGAACACUCGCCUAGUCCAGACUUUGGUGAGAGUAUGCCAAGAGAAGCUCAAUCAAUUCGAUAACCGAUGUAUCUCAGUUUUGGCAACUACUUUAGCAGGGCUGGAUAAAGACAAGAAUGUGAGCGCUCUUCAAGCUGGAUUACAAUUACUAGUGGAGCAACGCAUUCCAAGUAUCAGAGACAUCUUUAUACUGCAAAACCUGAUGAAAUGCAUGGGAAAAGAUGCUCCAGUCUUUCUGAAAAAGAAAUUGGAGAUGGCAGUUUUGAAAGAGUUAGACCAUCUGACUUUCCCGAAUGCUCUGCGUGUGUUUUUGGCUCUUGUUGCAAUGAAUUAUUGUUCCAUUCCAAUCCUGAAUGCCUGCAGUAAAAAGAUCCAGGAGAAUGUCCACGAUGUUCCAUUUCGGCAGUUAAUUCUCAUUCUGGAAGCUUGUUAUAAUCUCCAGUACCGUAAUGUAAAACUGUUUUCAGCAUUAGCAGACUAUUUUAAUUCUACUGCCUGCCUUUGGGACAAAAGACAGAUUAUCCUUUGUCUUUCUGCCUUCGAGACACUUGGCUUUCAGCCUAGGGAGUUGAUGGGUAUUUUUGCUGAGAAGGUGACAGAAGACCCUGAAUUCCUCAACUUGAAAAACCUUUUGAUUGUUCUCCGAGUGUAUUCACGACUCAACUAUGUUCCCAAAGGCCAAAAGCAUCUGUUUUUUGAGACUCUUCAUAGCUGCUUGAAUAAGUACCUCCCUCAGAUCUCCAACACAGAGCUGCUGAAGGCAGUGUAUGCACUUUGCAUCUUGGGAUAUCUUCCUCAUCGUGCUCUUGAUGAGCUGCUGCAGAAGGUCAGGUCAGGCCUUACUUUGUCAUAUGAUGUUUACAAAGAACAAAAUGAAAUGAUGCUUCACUGUGUGAAAACAUGUAUGGAACUUGAUAGCCCUUCCUUCAUGAAGCCUGCAGUUGGGCUGACUGAGAAUUUCUCCUUAUUAGUAUCUCUUAAUCUCAGAAAAGCUCGGGAGGCACUGGUAGAACUUCUGGGAGAUGAGAACAUGUUUCAGGAAAAUGUUCAGCUGCCAUAUAAAUAUCAUAUUGAUUUUGAAAUCAGAAUGGAUUCAGACAGAAAGAAAGUGCUCCCAAUAGCUGCAACAGAUGAUCAUGCUGACUCAAGUGUUCAAAGAUUGGCUUUUCUCUUUGUCCCUCUGUCUGCCUUCUGCAUGGGUACGACACAUCCCCAAGGGAAGCUGGCAAUGAAGAAGCGACAUCUAAAUAAACUUGGCUAUCAUGUGAUUCUGGUCCCAAACAAGAAGUUUCAGGAAAUGACAAAUGAAGGUGCAGUUGAGUUUUUGAAAAGCAAAAUUUAUUCACAAAAUGCUUUCCCUUUUUCUGAAGUGACUCUGCAGGAUGAUAAUUAA